AUGAAUGGUGAUGUGAAUAUGGCGUUAAAGAUAAUAAAAAACACAUAUUUUAUAAAUCAAAGAGAUAUCAAUGGGAAGUAUCCUCUUCAGUAUGCCCUCGAUCAUAGUGAAAUGUUCAAAUCCCUAGUUUAUGAUUAUGGAUCACGAAGACAGUAUUACUAUCUAGCAGAUGCUUUGGAAUGUGAGCCUGAUGCAAAUGAAUCCAUACAAGAAUUCAUUUAUGAUUGGAAACGUGGUUUUUGGAGACCUGGGGAUGAUUAA